GUCAACACCAAGUGGCCGUCACGACUAUAAAAGAGGCCGAGAGAAGCCUUAGAGCCACCAAUCCCUCCUUGCACAGGACCACGAUCACCCCAGCAGACAUGAAGACCGUCAUUUUCGCUGCCCUGGCCGCCCUGGCCGUCGCCGCCCCCCCUCAGUACGGCCCGCCAGAGCCAUCCCCUCAGUCCUCCUACAGCCUUCCUGCCGCCUCCACCAGGGACUCCUCCUUUAAAAUAGUCGAAGUCGUGCCCAUCCUGAGGGACGAACGUGUCCACGAGGAGGACGGCCGCUACACCCUGGACGUGGAGACCGGCAACGGCAUCAUUCUGUCUCAGUCUGGCUCCCCCGACGGUCCCGAUGGCUCCGUGGUCAAGUCUGGACACUACUCCUACACGGCCCCUGACGGUACUCUGGUGGAAAUGAAAUUUGUAGCCGACGAGAACGGUUUCCAGCCCGAGUCGGACGUGCUGCCCGUGGCCCCCGAGUUCCCGCACCCCAUCCCCGACUUCGUGCUGGAGCAGAUCGCCUUCGCCGCCGAGGAGGACGCCGCCGCGGCCCGCGCCGCGGCCUCUGAGACAAAGGGAUACAAGUCAGCCCCCCCGCCCCCCGUCACCUACGGCGGCCCUCAGUAAGGAAUAUGGCGGCAGGAUACUGAUGAUGGGCACUACCUACUGUAAUUACUAAUUUAUUUUAUUACCAGAUAUGUUAUAUUUAAUGUACAAGAGUAACUGUGAAUAAAUCAUUGCAUCACCCAC